AUGCCACUGUCAGCUCGCAAAGCAACAGAUGUUUCUUCUCGCUAUCAAUUAACUAGAUCUGGCCUCAGUCCAGACAAAAUAACACCCACUGGCAGUGUAGUAUCAACCAACCCUAUCUACUUCUUUGAGUCUUCCGACAUGGUCUUCAACUUUGCGUCCCCCAGACUUUGCUUCAGGAAGGAAAUCCUUCGUAGAUCUUUCGAGAGGAUACUAGCACUUCUAGAAGCUGUUGCCACAACUUCCAUAACUAAUUUAUAUAUAAAGGUAUACCAGCCAUUCUGUAGCGCCGUCGAGCAAGAUGACAGUAUGUGGCACGAGUUUCCAUAUGCACCACACAACCGACAGGAAUGUGACACCUGCACUCCCCAUGUCUUCAAAAUUGCCGGUGAUGCCGCCACGUCAUAUGCUGCCUGUAUGAGGAACCUCAAAUGUACUGCGCUGAGACGCCACCAAUCACAACCAACUGAUCUGAACACCCUCAAUACCCUCCUAGUUGAGCCAUCGACCCCGCUGAGCCUGGUGUACAAUCUGCAACACUCGUCUCUAGUACUCGAUCUUCCGAAACCCCUGCUGCCCUCCAGUUGUCACUGUAUUUUAAGCCCACGGUGA